GCGGGGCGGCGUCGCGACGCUCAGUCGGGCGCCGGCUACGACCAGCGCCGGUCGCCGCGCAUGGGUGGCGUCAGGUAACGCGGCAUGCGGCCCGCGCUCGCCGCGCUCGCGGCCUGCUGCGUGGUGGCCCGCGCCGAGCCGCCAGCGCGCCCCGCGCCGCGCAACGCCACCACCCCGCACCGCCUCCAGUGCUCCGAGGGGCUCGUCCUUCCCGUCUGGCACCCGCUCGAGGAUGUUCCGACCCUCGACAUCGCGCUCCGCGGCUUCGUCUACUUCUUCGCGCUCAUGUACCUCUUCAUCGGCGUGUCCAUCGUCUCGGACCGCUUCAUGGCCGCCAUCGAAGUCAUCACGUCGCGUGAGAAGGAGGUGCGCGUGCGGCGCAACGGCAGCGAUCAGAUCGUUGUCGUUCGCGUGUGGAAUGAGACUGUUGCCAACUUGACUUUAAUGGCCUUAGGGUCUAGUGCGCCUGAGAUUUUGUUGUCCGUUAUAGAGAUAGCUGGAAAGAACUUCGAAGCGGGUGAUUUGGGGCCGGGGACUAUCGUGGGCUCCGCCGCUUAUAAUUUGUUCGUGAUCAUAGCGAUAUGUGUGGGUGUGAUUCCUGAUGGUGAGGUGCGGAAGAUCAAGCAUCUCCGAGUGUUUCUCGUGACCGCCACUUGGUCCAUAUUCGCGUAUGUGUGGCUCUACCUCAUCCUAGCUGUUAUAUCACCGAACGAAGUCGAAGUAUGGGAGGGCGCUGUCACCUUCCUCUUCUUUCCAGCGACAGUUAUGACAGCUUACAUAGCAGAUCGCCGGCUGCUAGUGUACAAGUAUUUAAAGAAAGGCUAUCGUGUUAACGAGCGAGGAGUGAUCGUGGAAGCUGAAGGCGAUGGUUCCGUGGAAAUGGCAUUAAAACCGGGCGAUGAUUUCGCAUCAGAUGAUGACGAAGGUCGGGAGGUGGAGAAAUCUCGCCGAGAUUAUGUUGCUGUUCUCCGGGAAUUGAGGAGACAACACCCGGAGGAGGAUUUGGAGACCGUAGAAAGGAUGGCAUUAGAGACACUGAUGGCAAAAGGUCCCAAGUCUCGGGCCUUUUAUCGUGUGGCCGCAACGCGGAAGAUGACUGGUGGAGGUGACUUCUCACGUAAAAUAUCGGAAAGGGCUCAAAGUGAUCUUAGUGAAGUGAAGGCUGAGUUGCAGCGGCGAGGAUCCGGCUCACCGUCGAUUGAACCUCGCGGUCCCAAUGUCCGUUUCGAGCCUGACCACUAUACCGUCAUGGAAAACUGUGGUUCGUUCGAGGUUAGAGUGGUUAGGGCGGGAGACUUGAGCGGAGAAGUCUCUGUGCAGUAUACAACUGAAGACGGGACAGCCGAAGCUGGGUCAGACUACGAAGCAGCUCAGGGCACUCUAGUCUUUAGACCCGGAGAGACGGAAAAAACCUUCACUGUUCAAGUAAUCGACGACGACGUGUUCGAAGAAGAUGAGCACUUUUACGUGCGUUUGAUCUCGGCUAAAGGUGCUUGUUUGGCUUCGCCAUCAUCAGCUACUGUAGUGAUAUUGGACGAUGAUCAUUCCGGUGUGUUCUCGUUCCCUCAAAGGGACUUUGAGUUGACAGAGUCGGUGGGGACGUAUGAUCUUCGAGUGGGGCGGACUGCGGGAGCGAGAGGCAAGGUGCGCGUCCCGUACUGGACGGAGGAUGGAACUGCCAAGAGCGGUGCCCAGUACGAGCCUGCUGAAGGACACAUCAUCUUUGAAAACAACGAAACUGAAAAGUUCAUACCACUGCACAUCAUAGAAGAGGACAGUUACGAAAAAGAUGUGCUCUUCUACGUCAACCUGGGCAACCCGGAGUUGAUCGGUGAAGUAUUUGAAACAUUCCUGCCUGAUGCAUCGGCUACUGUCUCAGUAGCGUUUGAGCCUGAUGAUGACAAACCCGUCUACAACGAAGCUAACCACCUGGCGACAUUGCCUGAAGAAGAAGCAGCAGUCGCCAUGAUGGGGCUGCCUCGAGCUGGUGAGAUUACCAGGGCACAGCUGAGGAUUAAGGAGAGCAAAGAAUUUAAGAACACGGUGGACAAGCUGGUACAAAGGGCGAACGCAUCUAUAAUCAUAGGCACGUCGUCGUGGAAAGAACAAUUCUCUGAGGCGCUCACUGUCAGCUCGGGAUCCGACAACCCCGACGAGCCUCCUUCGGUGUCAGACUACUUAAUGCACGUAGUAACUCUGUUCUGGAAAAUUAUUUUUGCUCUCAUCCCCCCUACAGAUAUCGGCGGAGGCUACGUAUGCUUCGUGAUCUCCAUCAUCUGCAUUGGUCUCGUCACCGCCGUCAUCGGAGACGUGGCCUCACACUUCGGCUGCACGCUUGGCAUCAAGGACUCUGUGACAGCUAUAGUAUUCGUGGCACUAGGAACUAGUAUACCAGACACAUUUGCGAGUAAAGUGGCAGCCAUCUAGGACAAGUACGCGGACGCGUCGGUUGGCAACGUAACAGACUCCAACGCUGUCAACGCGUUUCUCGGCAUUGGCGUGGUGUGGUCUCUGGCAGCCAUCGUCCAUUGGAGUAAAGAUGAGAAGUUCCUUCAAGAACAAAUUAAUAUACUUUAUAUGAAAAUAUUUUCCCUUUUUUGAGAAGUUCCUUGUUGAACCGGGGAAGUAAGUAGCUUGAACCUGGAUAUUAUAACAAACUACUGUCACCAUAUUUACGAAUGGAAUGGACUAUUUAGGACGGGUACAAUUGUAAGCUACGUAACCAUGCUUUUUGAUAUACUUAGUGGUCGCAUAGAUUGUGUAUUUAUUGAAAAUAGUUUUGGUGAUAUAAAAGUAUAAGUAAGUAGGUACGUAACUUGGACUUUCGACUUUGACUUCGUUUAUUUCUUUGUUCUUUGACCACCAAAGACUACCACAGACGCGCACAAUGACAGUUCAAUAUUAACCUACAUGCAUUCCAAUACAGUUUACGAUUCCAACAAAGUAUCUACCACACCAAGGGUAUUUUUAUGAUAUCAAAUAAGGUGCAAUGGGAACGGAUUCAUGAUUAUUAUUAAUUACAAGUACCUAAUUAAACAGUGGUUCCUCGUUAAUCCGAAAUAGAACUUGCACAUCCCUCCGUUCGUCAAUUUGAUUUCUAUUUUUACCUAGAAACAUUUUUAAGUUACCGUGUGUUCUUUAGAGUGGAAAAUUCGCUUGGCGGAGCUUCAUCGACUUGUUAACGGGUCAAGAAAUAGCGCAAAGAGAUUAUGACGAAUGCUUAAAUGCAACCUACAGAAUUUUUUAACUGAAUCUUGCUUGCUAUAAGUUUCUUUCUUCAUAGUUUGUUACACGAUUAGUAGUUGAGGUAGGAUAAAAACUUUAAAUAGUAUGAAAAUUCUAAAAAAAGUUGUACUUGGCGGUG